ACGCAAAGUGCAAACCAGGACAAGGGGGGCUGUUAUCUCAUUAACUCAGAUUAAUCUUCAUUAUGGCGUUGAGAGGUGCUUUGUGCCGUCUCUUGGUAAACUCUCAGAGAUGUGCCAUCAUCUCCGCUUCCAGAGCUCAGGGAACUGCAGCACCUGCCAGAAGGGAUGCAGAGAAGACUGAACAGAAGCCCAAAGCACCAAAGGUCCAGUUCAACUGGCUCGACGCCCUGGACCUUGAGGGCCAGCUAACAGAAGACGAGGUCAUGAUCAGAGACUCCUUCCGGACCUACUGCCAAGAGAAGCUCAUGCCUCGCAUAAUCUUGGCAAACAGAAAUGAAGUGUUCCACAGAGAAAUUGUGUCCGAGAUGGGAGAGAUGGGUGUCCUGGGCCCAACUAUUAAAGGUUAUGGCUGCGCUGGGACAAGCUAUGUGGCCUAUGGUUUGAUUGCCAGAGAGGUAGAGAGAGUGGACAGCGGCUAUCGCUCAGUUAUGAGUGUGCAGUCUUCACUGGUCAUGCACCCCAUCAACGCCUAUGGCACAGAGGAGCAGAAACAAAAGUACCUCCCUAAGCUUGCCCGUGGAGAGAUCCUGGGUUGCUUUGGCUUGACAGAGCCGAACCACGGGAGUGACCCCAGCGGAAUGGAAACCAGAGCCAAAUACAAUCCAUCCAGUCGCACCUACACACUCUCUGGAUCAAAGACAUGGAUCACCAACUCCCCAGUGGCAGACAUUGCUGUAGUCUGGGCUAAAUGUGAUGAUGGGAAGAUCCGAGGCUUUAUUUUGGAGCGUGGCAUGAAGGGCUUCUCAACACCUAAGAUUGAGGGGAAAUUCUCCUUGAGAGCCUCGGCCACAGGCAUGAUCGUCAUGGAUGAGGUGGAGGUUCCCGAGGAGAACUUGUUGCCUAACGCUUCAGGCCUGGGGGGUCCUUUUGGCUGUCUGAACAACGCUCGUUAUGGUAUUGCAUGGGGGGCUCUGGGUGCUGCAGAGUUCUGUUUCCAUGCAGCUCGACAGUACACACUCGACAGAAUCCAGUUUGGAGUGCCACUGGCAAGGAAUCAGCUGAUGCAGAAAAAAAUGGCCGACAUGCUGACAGAGAUCACCAUCGGCCUUCAGUCCUGUCUGCAGCUUGGUAGACUCAUCGAUCAGAAGAAAGCAGCCCCUGACAUGAUAUCCAUGCUGAAGAGGAACAGCUGCGGUAAAGCGCUCGACAUCGCCAGGCAGGCCAGAGACAUGCUGGGAGGAAAUGGCAUCGCAGAUGAGUACCACAUCAUCCGCCAUGUUAUGAACUUAGAGGCUGUUAACACUUAUGAAGGCACUCAUGAUAUCCACGCUCUGAUCCUGGGCAGAGCCAUCACCGGCCUGCAAUCCUUCACUGUGGGCAAAUGAGACCCGCUCCCAAACAACGGCAGUCUUCUCUUAGAGAUGUGACAUGCAUGCCAACUCUUCAGCAAACUAUUUUGUGUGAAGUGUAAUUUAUAUCAAAGCAGAUUGUUUUUCAACUUCAAAAAGGGCUAUUUUUCUACUCUAUUCUCAACAACACCGAAUGUCUAAUCAUCUCCCUACACCAUGUCCCAGCUGUACCUAAACAAGUACAAUUCAUUGUAUAAACUUCCAUGGACACGACUGUAGUGAAAGAUAACUAUUUCUCAAUGAGGUCAAGAUCUACAUUUGCUUCUGAUCAUCUUGCCUUGUUAAUUGUUUAGCACCAAUACACCAAGUCAAAUUCUGUGUAUGUGUAAAUGUACUAUAAAAUGUACAAUAAAACCUGAUUCUGAUUCUGAUGUAUGCAACGUUAAUAUGUUACUGUAAUGGUAAGACAUUCAGCAUAAAUGGACACUACUCUUGAAUUUUCUGUGAUGUUUUUAACUGACCGGUAUUAUCUUACAUAUGAAAAGAUCAGUUUGUUUUCUGUAACCACAGUGAAUCAUUUUGGCACUUUACUGGCUCUGUUACUGAGAUGUCUUUCCUUUGCGUGGCUUUCCAAAGGACAAGGACGCUGAUCAAUAAAAGUUAUUUUAAUAUUUCAAA